GCCGCGUGGCGUCACGGGCGCGCCAGCAGUGCAGUUAAAGACGCCAGGUUUUCCACGCGGCCGCCGGCGGCAUGGAGCGGGAACCGGGUGCAGAGGGCGCGCGCCGGGCUCUGGGCCACCUGCUGCAGGCGGUGCUGGCGAGCCGCAGCGAGGCCAAUGCCGUGUUCGACAUCCUGGCCGUGCUGCAGUCUGAAGACCCGGAGGAGAUCCAGGAAGCAGUCCACACAUGCAGCCGACUUUUUGGGGCUUUGCUGGAGCGGGGAGAGCUGUUUGUGGGCCAGCUGCCCCCCGAGGAUACGGUCCUGGCAGGGUCUCACGGAGCCAUGCGCAAGUACAAGAUCUGGAUGCGACACCGCUAUCACAGCUGCAGCAGUCACCUAGGCGAACUCCUGGCCCACCCCACCUUCAAGGUCAAAGAGCUGGUGCUCAAGACCCUCAUGAAGUUUGUGCAGCUGGAAGGGGUGCAUCCCCUGGAGAAGCCCAAGUGGGAAGGCCAGUACCUGUUCCCCCGCAAGCUUUUCAGGGCGGUGGUGGGAGGCCUGCUCUCUCCAGAACAAGACCACAGCCUGCUGCUUAACCAGUUCUGUGAAUACCUGGAGUUUGAUGAUAUCCGCUACCACACCAUGCAGGCAGCCUCUGAUGCUGUGGCCCAAGUCACCAGCCAGCAUCCCAAGGUGUCCCUUGCUUUCUGGAACAACGCUUUCACCCUGCUGUCAGCCGUGAGCCUGCCCCACCAGGAGCGUGACAUUUCCAACUUCUAUGUGAAGCACGUGGAGCCAUCAGACAUGUGGAAGGUCACUCAUUUGAAGGAGCAUAGGAAGACGUUCCAGGCCAUGUGGCUCGGCUUCCUCAAACACAAGCUGCCCCUCAGUCUCUACAAGAAGGUCCUGGUGACCAUGCAUGACACCAUCCUGCCCCACCUAGCUCAGCCCACUCUCAUGAUCGACUUCCUCACCAGUGCCUGUGACGUGGGGGGUGCCAUCAGCCUCUUGGCCUUGAACGGACUUUUCAUCCUGAUUCACCAGCACAACCUGGAGUACCCCGACUUCUACCAGAAGCUCUAUGGUCUCCUGGACCCCUCCAUCUUCCAUGUCAAGUACCGGGCCCGUUUCUUCCACCUGGCCGACCUUUUCCUGUCUUCCUCCCAUCUCCCUGCCUACUUGGUGGCAGCCUUUGCCAAGCGCCUCUCCCGCCUGGCGCUGACAGCGCCCCCCGAGGCCCUGCUCAUGGUGCUACCCUUCAUCUGCAACCUGCUGCGCAGACACCCGGCCUGCCGCGUCCUGGUCCACCGCCCUCGGGGCCCUGAGCUGGAUGCUGACCCCUACGACCCUGAGGAGGAGGACCCUGCAAAGAGCCGGGCCCUGGAGAGCUGCCUGUGGGAGCUGCAGACUCUCCAGCAGCAUUACCACCCCGAGGUGUCCCGAGCUGCGAGCGUCAUCAACCAGCCACUGUCUGUCCCCGAGGUCAGCGUCACGCCGCUCCUGGGGCUCACAGCGUAUGAGAUCUUCGAGCGGGACCUGAAGAAGCAGCUGCCCGAGUCGGUGCCACUGGAGUUCAUCCCCGCGCAGGGCCUGCUGGGCCAACGGGAGGGCAUCUGCGCCCAGCUCUUCACACUCAGCUGACCCCACCCCCCACUCCAAUAACUGGUUUUGUGGCAGAAGUGUCUGCACUCAGCAGAGGGAGCAGGGCACUGGCCAGGUGGGGAAGGGCACCUGGUGCAGGAGUGGCAGAGCCGCGGCAGUGGUGUGGGGCGACAGCAGCCUGGUGACACCUGCUGUGCGCUCUCGCGGCAGCGGAAUGAUGGUUCUUUGGGGGAGCAGGGUGGGUGUGCAGUUGAGACGCUCGGGGUCACCUUGCCCUCGCCUUUGCCAUGGCUGCGGGUGCACAGGGUCCACGGUUGUCCACUCCCACCCCAGCCUGUCCUUGGCCCAGCCCUGCGUACCCCAGGGAAAGUUUUCUGUAGGACUCCUGCACGUGGGGGCAGAGGCGAGUGCCCCACUCCCAGGCUCGGGCAGCUUCUGCCCACGAACCCCCUGUGAGCCCCAUGUGCCCUGCCCACCCAGGCCCUUCUCCAGGGACGGUGGCCCUGCACUGUCUUUUCCCUGUCUGUGUGGUCUGGAGGGGCUGCUCUGGGAGCCGGGGGCCCUGCUUGUGGUCCGUGGGAACCUCGGGGCACAGCGGUGGUAGAGCAGAGGUGCUUCCUGCUGUGGGGUUUGGGGACACAACACUGGCUUCCCAGUCACCUUCCUCAGCCACCCUCAGGCAGUUGGGCUCCUGCCACGGGCCCUAGGCACCAGGCGCCCCGCCCAGACGGCUUUGCCCUGAUUGCCCCAGGGUGCAUACCCCAGUUUAAGCCUGGCCUUGGGGAGCCCCUGCAUGCCUUGUCAGUGUUGCACAUUGCCGCCAGCUGCGGGGAGGCCUGGCUGUGUGCCCCACCCCCGCCCCACCCCUCAGCUUAGGGUUGUGGGGCAGCAGCCUGGGACCGAGGAGCUGACAUCCUGAGCUUUUGCAGCCACCGGGUCCACCACAGGCCGCAUGGGACAGCCGGAGCCUCUGGCUUCAUGAGAUGCGGAGGAAGAUGAAAGUCGGGGCCGCCAAGCACCUCAGGUGCUGCCAUGCACAUGCCCCGGCUUCUUGUGGGCUGAGAACGGGAGCCGCUCACCCACUGCCUAGUGCCCUCCCAGCCUCACACGCUCCCCGCCCCCUGGGUUGCACACCUGGAAAUGCUCACAGUCCUGAACCUGUCACCUCCUCUCUCGAGCCAGAGUGUUUGAAAACCACUUCAUAAAAACCCAGACCCGGGA